AGAUGUCAAUGUCAAAGUUCUACAAAUAACCUCAAAAAUCAAAAUUUUAUUUUUCAAAAUACAAAUCGAAAAGUAAAAUAAUAAAAUAGGUAUUAGGUACUAAAUUGUAAUCGAAUGAAACUAUUGUAAAAUUUUUGUACUUAGUUUGAAAUGAGUGGAUUUGUGAAAACUCUUACUUUCUCUAGAUAUACUGUUCUAAGGCGCUCGUUCACCUGCACUACAGUGUCACAUAUGAAGCAAUGGAGAGUCUCCAAAGGACUGUCGGCCAACCGCAAUGCUGAGGGGGUAUUGACAGAUGGACCUGAUUACACCUUCUUGGAUGGAAGACCCACUCCUUUACUUCAAAAGCAAAAGAAGAGAAUGCUCAAGCAGCAAGAAUUUGCGAAUCAAAUUGUCACAUUAUGUUCAGAAGUGGACUUUGCUAAAAGGAGACACCAAGAUAUGGUGCAAGCUAAGGAGCAAGAGAGACAGGAUAUCAUUAACAACCGGUUGAAACCUAAAGGGAAUGCAUUAUUGCAGAAAAAAUAAUUUAUUUAGUUAAUUGUUAAUCGUUAAGUAAAAAUAAUAAGUGUAAUUUUGUUAGUUAUAGAAUAAAGAUUUGAUUAGAG